AUGGCGUCUCCCGGGCACCGCGACGCGCCGGAGCUGCCCGACUUCGAGCUGCUGAAGCGCCUCGCCCGGGACCAGCUCGUCUACCUGCUCGAGCAGCUCCCCGGCAAGAAGGACCUGUUCAUCGAGGCCGACCUGAUGAGCCCGCUGGACCGCAUCGCCAGCCUCUCCCUCCUCAAGCAGCACGAAGUGGACAAGGUCUACCGCGUGGAGAACAAGCCACCCCACACCUCCAGCGACCAGUUGUGCUUCUUAGUCCGGCCGCGCAUCAGGAGCGUCAAGUAUGUGGCAGACAUCGUCAACGCUGACAAGGCCGCUGGCAGGACCCGCAAGUACAAGAUCAUCUUCAGUCCCCAGAAGUUCUAUACCUGUGAGAUGGUCCUGGAAGAAGAGGGAAUCUACGGGGAUGUGACCUGGGACGAGUGGUCCUUUUACCUGCUCCCUUUGGAUGAUGACAUCAUCAGCAUGGAGCUGCCCGAGUUCUUCCGUGACUCCUUCCUGGAAGGGAAUCAGCGCUGGAUCAGGACAGUGGCCCAGGCACUGCAGUUAAUGAGCUCCCUCUUUGGACCGUUUACCAGGACCUACGGAAUUGGCCGGUGUGCCAAGAUGGUCCAUGAAAUCUGGCGUGAGGCAGCGGAGGAGAGCGAAGGUGACGGCACAGGCCGGAAGCCAGAGAUUGGCCAAGUUUUCCUCAUGGACAGAGAUGUGGAUUGCGUCACGGCCCUCUGCUCUCAGGUGGUGUAUGAAGGCCUGGUGGAUGACACAUUCCGCAUCAAGUGUGGGAGUGUGGACUUUGGUCCAGAUGUCUCCUCCUCUGAUCGGAGCAUCAAAGUCCUGCUGAACGCCCAGGACAAGGUGUUCAACAAGAUCCGCAAUGAGCACUUCUCCAGCGUUUUUGGCUUCCUGAGCCAGAAGGCACGAAACCUGCAGGCACAGUACGAUCGACGUCGUGGGAUGGAUAUCAAGCAGAUGAAGAACUUUGUGUCCCAAGAGCUGAAGGGCUUGAAGCAAGAGCAUCGCCUGCUGAGCCUGCAUAUUGGCGCCUGUGAAUCCAUCAUGAAGAAGAAAACCAAACAGGAUUUCCAGGAACUGCUGAAGACGGAGCACGCACUUCUGGAAGGGUUUGAUAUCCGGGAGAGCAUCAAUUUCAUCGAAGAGCACAUCGACCGGCAGGUCUCCCCCAUUGAGAGCCUGCGUCUGCUGUGCCUGCUGUCCAUCACCGAGAAUGGACUGGCCGCCAAGGACUACCGCUCCCUCAAAGCCCAGUACCUGCAGAGCUAUGGACCAGAGCACUUGCUGACCUUUCACAACCUCAAGCGCAUGGGGCUGCUGACGGAGCAGGUCCCUGGGGAGACCCUCACGGUCGUAGAAAGCAAAGUCAGCAAGCUGGUCACUGACCGAGCUGCAGGGAAGCUCUCGGACGCCUUCAGUUCUCUGGCCAGGAGGAGUCACUUCCGAGCCAUCAGCAAGAAGUUGGGGCUGAUCCCACGCGUGGCUGGAGAGUACGAUUUGAAAGCGCCCCGGGACAUGGCCUACGUCUUCAGCGGUGCCUACACCCCACUGAGUUGCAAGAUAGUUGAGCAGGUCCUGGAGCGCCGGAGCUGGCUGGGCCUGGAGGAGGUGGUGCGCCUGCUGAGCGGGAGCGAGUUCGUUGCCACAGACACAGCAGCAGAGGAGAAUGCUUGCGACUCCCAGCGUAUCAUCCUGGCUGUCUUCUUGGGGGGAUGCACCUUCUCAGAAAUCUCUGCACUCCGCUUCCUGGGCAAAGAAAGAGGGCUCAGGUUUGUGUUCCUGACCACAGCCAUCACUAACAGCGCGCGAUUGCUGGAAUCCAUGAUAGAGACCAGGACGUGAGGAG